CGCCAUUGGCAGCACGACCAACGACUCAUCGUGCAUCUUCUAUCACUUCAACUCCAUUUCUGAUUCCUGCUCAAUUCGACUGAAGUCAUUGGAGACGUUAUACCCUUUCAUCUCAGACCACGUCACCGCCAUGGCACCUCAGGGUGACGCGUACAACGUGGAUUGGGUUGUUUCGCCCAGCUCGAACGUUCAUGUGGCUAGUGACCGAGCAUGGUUCACGGACUACACCCCUUUCCGCACCAAGAUCUCAUCAGCCCCCGGAGCGGAGCCGUCAGUUGAAGUACAUGGAGUAGGCACAGUGGUCUUACACACUAGAACCUAUGGCAAAGGCAAACCUCCCAAGCCUGCAUGUCAUAUUACGCUUACCAAUGUCCUCUACGUACCUGGAAAUCCUGUAAACAUUUUUUCUACCAUGAAGAUGGAAUCAGAUGUCAACAUCAAGUUCAGGUUUGGCAGUAAUGCGGUAGAGCCGAUCAUCAAGCGUGAUACCAAUCAUGUGCUUGGUUUGGUUGUUCGCCUAAAACUGCACAAGUUGUGGUUGCAGGGCCAAUCGAGAGAUCAGAGCAGCUUGGAUCCUGAUGGAAUGUAUUACAUAUAUGCUUCAUGGCCUGGAACGGAGACCGAAAGGUACAACAACAGACUUACUCAAGAGUCUCAGGCCGAGCACGUAAGCAACGUCACCCAGGCAGAACCACCAUACACUACCGAGGAGAAGGAGUUCUUGAAGCGCUGUUAUGGUGGUGAAUUCGACUUUCUCAUGACAUCGGACUCAAAAUUCACAACGAGGAUGACCGGGAAGAAGGACGUCACACCUUGAGAACUCUCAGGGCGGACUCUGACGGCGAGGCUAAGCCCAAGUCUAAUAAAAGACCGCGACUGGAUUCUGAUGCUACGCCAUCUCGUGAGGCUACUCAGAUGCAAGCCUAUGCCGCGCAUCUUACCGACAGAAAAUUCACUUCUGACCAACUGGACUUUAUCCAGAAGCACUAUCACAACUCCGGACACUUCAUGCGCUGUCAUGAUCUUGAUUCUUGGCAAGACGGAGCUUGUGAUGAAGCUGUCAAGAUAGUCAAGACGCUCAUGACACAUGAGCGCUUCAAGAGCCGAUAAUGUGAAUCUAUGCGCUCGGAGCGAUUGGCAGGCUUCCAUUGAUACGGGAAAUGCUGGUCCAAAUCGACAGAGCAUUCAGGCCGGGUCAGAUGAGACCACUUACUAAGGAUAAUUCAAGGUCGAAGAGUCCGGGAUGACGGCCGAAGGUCGAACUA